ACUUAGAUGUAAUGUAUACUUCCUGAAUGUUAUUAACAUUUAAAUGUGCACAAUGUACUGCAUUGCUUCAGAAUGAUUCAAAUCCCUGAUUCUGAAUUCCUACCUGUAAUAUGAGAGAGUCCCUUAGGCUGCCCUUGUGUACUUGUUCAAAUGGAAGUUGUAAUGAAAAUAUGAAAUAUGGGAGGCAAAGGAAACAAAAUGAUUACACAACAGCUGCAUCAUUGCUACUUUUAUUGCUACAAGAUUAGAAUUAGAUCUGGUUAAAGCCAGCUGAUGAAAUCACUUGUAAUUGUCAUUUGAGCUCAAUUAAUCAAGUUCGGUUCUAAUAAAGUGCGUUCCUUUUAGGAUGAAGGUGUUUAGUUACAUUUAAGUGCACCAUUGAGCUGCACCAAGUGUACAUGGCACACCCAGCUGCAGCAUACAGAGAGAACAGCUGAGUCAGCACCUUCACCUGAUGCAGCUAGUUGCAAUGUUACAUGGUCUGCAUAAAUGAGUCUUUGGAAUGAGACUGGUGGCAGUUAUCAAAAUACAUUUCUUUGCUCUUUCUGAAAGGAUAUUUUUCUCCGAGUAAGGUAGUUAAGACUACAAAAAAUAUUUCCACAAAUGUCUGUGUUGUUAAUUUAUGCAAGCAAACUGUAUUUCUAAACAAAGCUGCAAUUAAACACAACUGCUUUCACUUGGCCAGCUUCAGCCCAAUUGAAUAUUAUAAAGGAAAGUCAAGUGAUUCAGCAGAGACCAUGCAGGGACCUCAGGGAGGUACACAGAGGUAAACGUGACCAAAGGCAUGUUCAUUUCCAUGUGUAGCUGAACAGGAGAUAGUGCUCACAGGCUAUUAGUGCUGCAUGUUAACUGUGUUCUAUAUCAUGUCAUGUAUCUGUAUGGGCCAUCAUAUUUUGUGGUGACAAAGCACAAUAUUCCCUGCAGAUACACAGCAGCGGGUUGCAGUAAGUUUAGUACUGCAGAUUCUUUGGGCUAUGAGCUCAUGCGUUUAUUUUUAGGCUGAGGCGUAAAUGAUUUUACGAGGGAUCAUCUCAAUCCCCAAGGACAGAAACUAUGCCCAAAUGUAGGCCUACAUCUAACUAAAAAAAGUGCCUUGGCUUUUUGAAGUUAAUUUAUUUUGGGGAGAAAGUGCACAGAGUCGCAAAAUUGUGGCAUGAUAUAAAAGCUUUGGGUCUGCAUUUUUCGUGUACUCAGGUCAUCAACAAUAGUGUUAGUCUCAGGACCAGACAGGAAUUUCAUCCCAUUGCUAUGUGUUCAGUUUUUCUGUGCAUCUGUUUUCCAAUUGCUAAAUAGCCUGACAUAGCCUACCCUUGUGUGCUCUAUUAAAGUGGUUGAUUCAAUUACAUUGCCUGUGAAGAUUCUUCCUUAAUUUUCCUGGAUGAAACCCUGGACCAGUUGUCCUGAGUGUCCUUGCCCAUCGCUUCGAUCGAUAGGGGCUGAGCAGAUCUGUAUGGGCAGCCCCCCUCUAAUUGGGUUAGCAUGCGGGAGUCUGUGUUUACUGGAAAGAGGAGAGCUACCUCACUCCAGUGUGGACUGCUGUGAGUGCGGAUGCAGACAUCUCUCUCUCUCUCUCUCCUCCUCUCUGACUCCACUCGCCCUCACUCUCUCUCGCCCUCUGCCUCCGCGUGCGACUCCCUUCUGCCGGGACUGACUGAGAGAGGCUGGGACCGCGGCAGCCUCUACGGGGAAGCCGCCAGAGCUCGUCUGCCCUGCGAGGAACCGCCAUCCGUCCCCGGGACAGCGACCGGACCUCGCCAUGUGCGACUGUUUUCACCUCCCCUUCCCCAACUGGCACGGCUCGCCAGGCACGGGGGCUGGGAGAAGGCUGAAAGGACCGGAGCCAGAGGAUGACUCAGUCUGUGAAGACGCACCAGAAUUUCUUGAAGGAGAAAGACCGCGUCCUCAGGGAUCCUCUCCAGUAAAUGAAUACCCAGCGACGGAGAAAUACACAGACCUUGACAAAGAGGGAGAAGAGGAGCUAUAUGACCCGUACCAGAAGGGCAGUGGCAACAAAAAAGGAAAGAAAGUUGGGUUUGGGUCUUUCUUUGAAAAGCGCUCAAAAAUGAGUCAGGAAGAGUGUCCUGAGUCAGGUGUGAUAGUAAAAACACCUAAGGAAGUAUGUGCCAAGGGCCUGGUUGUGAGUGGAGGGGGAAAGGAGGGAAUCUUCAUUAAAGAAGUGAAGGCAGAGUCACCAGCCGCAAAACAUCUCAGCGCGCAAGAGGGUGACCAAAUACUCAGUGCGACAGUAUACUUUGACAAUGUCUCCUAUGAAGAUGCCCUUCAGAUCCUGGAGCAUGCCCAGCCUUACAAAAUGGAGUUCUGUCUGAAACGCAAACCCCUGACAGCAUCCGACCUUGAAAGCUCCACAGCUGAAAGACAGGAAAUCGCCCCUGGGGAAGAAGGAAUCAGCCAACUGGAAAGAGGACGAACUAAAACACAGAGACGGCAGGAUGCCCGAAUCUCAUGGCCAAAAUUCCCAUCCUUUACCAGGGGGCGAAAAGCACAUUUCAAGAGGUCUCACAGUACAUCAGAGGCAGAGGAGCAGAGGAAGUUAGAAAUGAGUCCACCAACCAGUGACACCGAGUCACCCAUGAAGUCUCAAGAGCUUGGCAAGGACAAAAAAACAAAGAAACAGAAGGUAAAGUUGUCAAAAAUGAAAAUGAAGGGUGUAAAGAGUAAAUCUGUUGAGGAGGAGACCGAUUCCAUACCUGUUUCAAGAAGUUUGGAAAAUGUGCAACCACAACAAGCAGUACAUGUAUUAGAUGCACAUUCUCCACCGCCACAAGGAAGUCUAUUAGGGGAAACAGCUCAAAUAUAUGUGAUAGAUCAGCAAGAGAAGAAAGAAACCACUAAGAUUAAAAAUGAAUGUCAUUUUGCAGAUGUUUCAGGCUCUGUUGCUCAAACCAGUCAGCACAGGGUUGAUCUUAUCAGCUUAGACAAGACACUGAAAACAACAGACAUUUCAGACUUUCUUGCUGAUCGAGGAAGUUCCUCAACAAAGAAAUCCCCAGAUGUUAAGAAAAAGAAGAAGAAAGAGAGGUCUGAAUUGAAGGUGAAUAUACAGGGUAAAGAAAAGGAAGACUUGAGUCCUGAAGGCCUCUUAAAAUCUCCUCAGACCUUGAUUCUAAAGACUUCCUCUGACAGUCUAAAGACCCCAGACAUGGGAGCCAGAGCUCAGGAUCUAUCGAGCAACACUGUAGGCCCUAAUGUAAUAUCACACCCAGAGUUGAAGGGAUACCCGAUUGCCAUUGAUAUCAAUGCUGAAAGUAUUGAUCCUAACAAAUCCAUCCCACAAGUAGACAAAGAAAGCUCAGCAGAGAAAGUCAUUUCAACUACAGCCUGGAUGGGUGAUGCUGACAUAUGCUUGCCUAAAGUUGAUAUGUCACUCGAUAUGUCAGAUGUGGGUCUUCUUAAGAAAUCUCCAAUGGUAAAGUCAGAAAAACCUAAGAAAGACAGGAGUAUUCUUAUUCGGGACUCAGAAAGAUAUGGAAUCCGACCCAGAGGUCCAAUGGCUGACAUAGGCAUGACAAAGAAGUAUCUUGGGCAAGGAAGUUCAGUUGACAGUGAUUCUGAUAUUAGCAAGCCUAAAAGUCCCAAAAUGAAAACUUCCUUCCCCGGUGUUAAAGGUCAGGAAAUAACAGCAAAUAGAAAGGAUGCUAGUAUUAAGAUGGAAACUGUACUAGACAUCCAAAGUCCACAGUUUGAAAUACAAGCUUCAAAAUCUCCAAAAGAGACAAAUAUUGAUGAGACAGAGAAAACUGGAACAAAGACAGUUCCAAAGUUCAAAAUGCCAAAGAUAGAAGUCCCUGACUUUAAAGUUCAUGACCCAAUUGUAAUGACAGAGGUGAAAGCAUCAAAAUCCCAAGUGGACGUCAAAGACCCCAAAGUUGAGCACAGGAUGCACAAGACAGAACUUCAUAGUACACAACCGUCUACUACUAAGCAGGUUGACAUUAAAAUUGAGCUCCUUAAACGAGAAGAUAUUGAAAUACCAGGCAUGGAAGCCACAGCAUUAUCAGGAAAUCUUCAGACCAUAGGAUUUAAAUUGCCUGAAACUGGAAAAAUAGAUGCGUCAGUCCCAGUUGUAGGGAUACAUGCUAAAAAAUUUCAAGGAGACAUGAAAGUUCAUGGAAUUAAAGACACAACCUCCAAGACUGAUCUUCAAACAUUCAAGCUGCCAAAAGUGGACAUUUCUAGUCUUGAUGUGCAUCAACAAAUUACAAAGAGUGAUGUGACUGCUGAAAAAGUGAAGCUGGAUUUAACAGCAGAUGUCUUUCAACCUAAAACCCCAGAAAUGGACGUAAAAGGUCAGGGCCUGAAAAUAAAAGCUUCAGAUCACUCAACAGGGAUUGGAAUAAAUGACAUCAAUGGGGAAAUAAUCAAGAGGUCUAUACCUACUCAUAAGGUACCAAAGAUUGACUCCCCAGAUCCAGAUGCACAUGAACCUAUUACCAUGAAACAAGUGAGCUCUUCAAAAACCAAAGUUGGCUCUAAGAUUCAGCAAAAGUUACCAAUGGGAGCAUUGGAUGAUGGGAUGCUAGAAAUUUCAUCAAGUCAUUUUAAGAUGGAUAAAAUGGAGAAGCCUGAAAAAAAACUGCCAAAACGAGAAGACAUUGAGAUACCAGGUAUGGAAUCUAUAUUAACUGCAGGAAAUAUCCAGACUAUAGACAUACAGUCGCCUGGAAUAGGAAAGCAAGAUGCUUCUGCUACAUCUGUGGAGAUUCAGGCUAUGCAGAUUGAUCGUCCAACAUUCAAGUUGCCAAAAAUGGACUCAGAUUUCGAUGUGCAUGAACAAAUUACAAAGAGAGAUGUGAAUACAGAAAUGUCGAAAAGUCCUAAACAACACAAGAAAGAUCAGAUCUUUCCUGAUGAAAGCAAAAAAGGCAAGUUCAAAAUACCUCCAGUGCCACAGUAUGAUGCUUCAUUUCCAAACCUCAAAUCUGAUGUGAAACUAACAGAAGAAAGAGAAACUGGAGAAAUGAAAUGCAUAUCAGAUACUGAAAUAAAAAUUUCAGCCAGAACAGACAUUAAUGCAGAUUUUAAAUCACCAUCAACAGAGAUGUCUCAGAAUAAAGAAAUGAAACUUGAAGUUGAAUUGGGAGCAGCUACCACUGACCAAAAAGAAUCUGAAAAGAAAUCAAAGAAAACCAAAGUGUCAAUGCCUACAUUUGGAAUUGCAAAACCAGAUAUUAGAUUCCCAGAUGCAGGGGUUCAAAUUUCUCUAUCAAAAGGAAAGGAUGAGGUCAAACUUGCAAAAGCCUGUGAAAUUGAAACUGAAAAUCUAUCAAGAGAUACGAGUCUAUCACCUGUUAAAACACCUAUGUUUGAAAAGCCAGACCUUGAUAUAAAAGGUCCAAUCAUCAGCGAUAAAGAACCAUCAUUGCACAUGAAACUACCAGAACUUGAGCAAACAGUUUCUGGAAAAAUGGCUUCAUUUGACAUCAAAGGUCCCAAUGUAGCUGUAGAAGAACCCGCUAUAGAUAUAAAUGUUGCAAGUAAAAUAAUUGACUUGGCAGGGCAGGAAAGUAAAUCCAAAUCUGGAAUUUCACUUUCAAAUGUGAAAGGACCCAGAGUGGAUAUUAAUAUAUCAAAGCCAGAUAAUGAUUUCCCACACUCAGAGGCAUCAGUCAAAGUUGAGUCACCCAUUGUGCAAGUGGAAAAGUCAUCGGUGGAAGGAAAACUACAGAGAGCUGAUAUUCCAAUUAAAGGAGUUGACCUGACAAUGGAUGACGCCAAAAUACCAGUUCCAAAGAUUGGAACAUCACGAGCAGAGGCAGUUGUUUCUGUAACAAAACAAGACAUUAAAGAACCACAAGUUGUUGUGAAAGGUCCUUAUCUUAAGGACAAACUGGACAUUUCUUUAAAAGAAACUAAAGAUACCUUGCCUCACAUGGACAUUCCUCCAUUGGAAACCUCCAAACCUGAUAUGAAAGAGCUUGAGACUCAAUCAGGAAAAGUAGGUGUAAAAGUCCCUGGAAUUUAUAUAAAGGAACAAACCAUUGAAAUUGACAAAUCAAAAGAUAAAAUUGAACUUCCAGAAUUAAAGAUGCCAGACAUUAAUGUUGCACCUCCAAAAAUUAUCCUCAAAUCAACUCAGACAGAAACAAAACCUUUUAUUUCAAAGCCAAUAAUGGACGUUAAAACACCAGAAGUUCAUAUCAAACCUCCCUCUCUUGAAAUAAAAGCUGGGGAAAGAAAGGAACGCCAACUAUACAAGGAAAUUCCUAAAGCAGAGGUUGAACUCUCUGUACCACAAACAGAUGCUGUUGUGAAGGAAUCAACAGUUGAAGGACAAUCUCUUGAUAGACAAGCAGAAAUUCCAGAUAUUGAAAUGGCAAAGCAUGGGAAAUUCAAAAUGCCUCACGUUAAAUUACCUUCAUUUGGAUUUUCCAAACCUGAAGUUAAAGGUGAUAACAUUUCUGGAGAUGUACAUUUACCAACAGUAGAUGUUGCUGUAACAAAACCAGAUAGGGAAUUCAAUGUUCCAGAUAUCAGUGCAGAUGUGACCUCAGUUGGUGUGAAACUCCCAGAAGCAGACCUAGCAGUAUCAGGAAAACCACCUGCAGUAGACAUCAAAGGCUACAGUAUGGAUGUAGAAGGUCCUGAGUUAGACAUUGACAUGAAAGUUAAAGGCUCUGAGCUAGAAGGACAAGGAAGUAAAUUCAAGCUACCAAAAUUUGGAAUUUCACUUCCAAAAGUAAAGGGACCUGCAAUGGAUAUUACUGUGUCAAAGCCAGAUGUUGAUAUCUCACUGCCUCGGGUGACAGCUGAAGUAAAAUUACCUGGUGUUGAAGUCGAGGGACCAUCAGUGGAAGGGACAGUAGACAUACCAGAGGGGGAUUCUAAAGAUGUUGAUAUAAAACUGAAAAAACCAAAGAUGUCUCUUCCAAAAUUUGGAUUUUCCAAACCAGAAAUUACAGCUCCCAAAAUUUCAGGAAAUCUCAAUUUACCAUCAGUGGAUAUUGCUGUAACAAAACCAGAUGCUGACAUCAAUGUUCCAGAUAUCAGUGCAGAUGUGACCUCAGUUGGUGUGAAACUCCCAGAAGCAGACCUAGCAGUAUCAGGAAAACCACCUGCAGUAGACAUCAAAGGCUACAGUAUGGAUGUAGAAGCUCCUGAGGUAGACAUUGACAUGAAAGUUAAAGGCACUGAGCUAGAAGGACAAGGAAGUAAAUUCAAGCUACCAAAAUUUGGAAUUUCACUUCCAAAAGCAAAGGGACCUGCAAUGGAUAUUACUGUGUCAAAGCCAGAUGUUGAUAUCUCACUGCCGCAGGUGACAGCUGAAGCUAAAUUACCUGGUGUUGAAGUCGAGGGAUCAUCAUUGAAGGGACAAAGCUAA